UCACCGGCUCAGAAGAGACGCAGACACCGAGGGAGGCACCGCGCACGCACCGCCCUGGAAUCUUUUUUUAAACCCACGGACUGAAAUCAAUGAAGGAGCGACGGUCGUGUCAGAAACUGUCUCUGAAAUCCGCCAUGGAUCCCAGUCAGAGCGUGAAGUGUAAGAUCGUGGUGGUGGGCGACAGUCAGUGCGGGAAGACCGCCCUGCUUCACGUGUUCGCCAAGGACUGCUUCCCUGAGAGCUACGUCCCCACCGUGUUCGAGAACUACACGGCCAGUUUUGAAAUCGACACGCAGAGAAUCGAGUUGAGCCUGUGGGACACGUCAGGCUCACCCUACUAUGACAACGUGAGGCCGCUUUCCUACCCCGACUCAGACGCUGUACUCAUCUGUUUCGACAUCAGCCGCCCGGAAACACUCGACAGUGUACUGAAAAAGUGGAAGGGGGAAAUCCAGGAGUUCUGUCCCAACACCAAGAUGCUUUUAGUCGGCUGCAAGUCAGACCUGCGCACCGACUUGAGCACGCUAGUGGAGCUGUCCAACCACCGGCAGACACCAGUCUCCUAUGACCAGGGUUCCAGCAUGGCCAAACAGAUCUCGGCGCCUUACAUCGAGUGCUCGUCCCAGCAGUCAGAGAACAGCGUCAGAGACAUUUUCCACGUGGCCACACUCGCCUGCAUUAACAAGAACAACAAGAACGUCAAGCGCAGUAAGACCACGCGCGCCAACAAGAGGAUUUCACACAUGCCCAGCCGACCGGACCUGGCAGCCGUGGGCACGGACCUCAGGAAGGACAAAGCAAAAAGUUGCUCGGUCAUGUGACUGAUCCCAGCGUGGGAGAUUAGACUGAGAUCCAGGACAGACGGCGAGCAGGAAGUUUUGGGGCAACGCGCUUUCCUGCAUGCAGUUUACCCCAGAUUUGUCUGGAGGGGGGAUUUAUAAGCUCCACUUCAUGUACUUGUGACUGGAAUACUUCACACCAAUGAAACCGCGUAGCAUCCUGACCCACGCACCCCACCCCAUCCCAGCUGACGAGGAAGCAGUCUGUCAUUGGAAUACCUGCUCGAGGAAGUCAGCCGCUUCCUCUGGGACGACAAAGGCGGAUGCGGGCGAGGCUCUCGACGCCAACAGGAUGUGAGCAGCAGAAGUGAUGUCAUUAGCAAAGAAGGUACAGGCAAGGUCCAGAGGAAAGAUCCGGCAAGUGGGAAGAAAGGAGGCACAGCUGUUGCUGGAUCACGACGUGUCACUCAGUGGACUUGUAGAACUAACUCAUCACUGUGGUCCCAUGGAAGCUGCAGGGUGCAAACCUGCCAUGUCCCCUGUCUCUGAAGUGUUGAUAUAAUGUGAAAUCAAUGGUGUGUAAAUGUGUCUUUUUUUCAUUUGGUCCUCUCUGAAACGGCUCCACCUCUGAUGUGUGGUGUGUUUCUAGUCAUCGGCCAUGAACUCGGCCAACAUUCUCUCUCGAGACAGAUUCUGAUCGUAAGAUGAGAAGUUUUACUGACAACUUUAGCUCACGUGCAACUGCAUUCAAAACAAGACCUCAUUGUGCCAUGAUGAGAAGUGAGAGGAACCCUGAGGGUCAGUAGAAUCCCGCCGAGCCUUCCAGCCAAUGAUGUUUAGGACGCUCAUUCAGGGUUCAACCUUCUCACACGUCUGUUUGCAAACUUGAAGGAAUCAAAUUUAUAAAUUCUUCCAGACGCGAUGCUGCAAGUUACUUGUAUCGCCAACUGCGUAGAACUCAACAGGUCGCUUUUUGCACUGCUAGCUGCAUAUGCUAAAGGUUGUUGUGAAGCAAAGAGCAGACUUCCAAACUCAAACAGCCGUGCUUCUCACUGAGGAGGAUUUUGAAAUAUCUCAAGUUUUGUUUUUUAAUGUGGUAUGUGUGUUUUGUCUGUUUGUAAAAAACAAAAUCCAAAGAUUGACUAGCGACAAAUAGCUACGUUUGCCAAGCUAAUUGGGUUCUGCGUCAAUUUGAACAUGUGCAAAAUGGUGUUUUAAUGAUUUGCCUUUUCUGUAACAGCGAAAAUAAACUACAAUUAAAAAAAUAUUAAAGAUUGAAAUGCACUUUCACUUGUACCUUUCCGUCGUUCCAGGUAGCUGUUUCAGAAAUCAGUGGCCUUCAUUUUCCGCCUGUCCCUCAUGUACAUUCUCGUGUGUCUCCGAUAGUAAUGUCACUUUCAAUUGUCAAUGCCAAUGUUGUUCCUGCCAUAUUUAUUGAUUUAUAUAUUUUCCCCUUAGAAUAAAUGC